AUGCCCAGGGGUGCGGGGAAGGGCGGCGGAGGCUGCAACCCUUCCCGGGUGCGGGACGAGGCCGUGGCCACGGCGGGGCUAGCGGCGGCCGGAGGCAGGAGGGGCUGCGGCGGCAGGAACGCAGCCGCGCGAGCGAACUGCGCGGGCGCGGAGCUGCUGCGGGGCGGCGCGGGCGAGACUCGGCGGCGGGGCGAGGUGGCCGGUGGCCAGGGGCGGAGUGGAGCAGCGGCGGGGUCGCGGGCGCGGCCUGGCGCUGCCGGGCGGAGGAGGACGCGGCCCGGCGUGGGCAGCGGUGGGGCGCUGGCGCCGGUGAAGCAAGAUGCAAACGGCAAGGCGCGCGGUUGCAGGGCACGUGCGGGCAUUGGGGGAAGAGGAUAA